AUGUGUGCGCAUGAGCAGAAGGAGACGCUUUCCUCCGCGCCGGCUAAGUGGUACGAAAAUUGCCUGUGGCAGCCCAAGCUCAUGUACGCGAUUGCCAACGUGCAACAGUCUUCAGUCGCCAUUUUCUUGGCCGUGUACUACCAACAGAAUGCUGGUUUCUCUAAGCUGCAGAUCGGUGUGCUGCAGACGCUGCCGUGCAUUUGCGCGAUGGUGUCACCGCCGAUUUGGGGCGCAGUGGCUGACUACAUUCGCAACCAGCGCGCGGUGCACUACUUCUGCAUCAUCACGGGCGGUUUGCUCAUGUUCUGCAUUCAAUAUUUCUACUGGUCGUACCACUGGACGCUCGCAGUAUUGAUGCUGGCCAACUUCCAGUCGAUGCCCGCCGGGUUCCCUCAUGGACCACGCUGUCAGAGACUCUUCGGCGCCGUCGGAUGGGGCGCAGGCGCGUACAUCACGGGCCUGGCUGUCGCUGCAGCGGGUAUUUCGUGGGCAUUCAACAUCAGCAUCAUCUUCAUGUUUGUCUCGCUGCUCGUGCUGCGCACGAUUCCGCCCGUCAAGCACGGACACCACGAUGACACGCACUCGGCGGUGGAGGAGGGUGGAAAGAACGCUCGUCAGCCGUCGUUUGCCGAUAACAUGCGCCGCAUCUGCGAGAAGAAGGACGUUAUAAUGCUGCUUCUCGUGGUGUUCUUUAUGGGUCUCAUGUACGGUGUGCUUUCGAGCUUUUUGGCGCUCAACCUGUUCAACUUGUCGGGUGGCAAUGCCCAGAUUGUGGGGAUUGCAAUCAUGUGCGAAACUCUGUCGGAGCUUCCUGCUUUUUUCUUCUCGCACGCCAUUAUCCAGAAAUUCGGCACGGUGAAGGUGUUGCUUGUAUCUAUUGCGGCCUACGCUCUUCGUGUCACGUACUACGCCGUCAUGACGAACGCUUGGAGCGCCAUCCCGUUCGAGUUCCUGCACGGCUGCACAUUUAGCCUGGCCUGGGCUGCCUGCACGCAGUACAUCUACGCGGCUGCCCCCAAAGGCUGCGAAGGAACGGUCAUGGGGCUUUUGAACGCAACGCAGAACGGCUUGGCUCGUGCUGUGGGCACGAUGGUCGGCGGAUUCUUCUACCAGCACUACGGUGCUCGUGUAAUGUGGACCGCUACCGAUCUGGGUGUGCCGCUUGCUCUUAUCUUCCUGUCUGCGUUUGCCUAUCUCAAAAGGGAUUACGAAGAGGUUCUCUCGGGUGAGGAAAUCGAGAAAGAGGAGUCCGAGAUGUUCUCACCUCAUCACCACUCCAAGGCCAUCACGUCUAGCGCACCGUCCUACGACGAGAUCGAGUAA